AUGGAGUGCAACCAGACUACGGGACAGUUCGACACGAGAGUCUUGGACGCCCUAGGUGGAUACAUGGCAAUCGCAUCCGUCCUUGGGAUGAUUGGUAACGCUUUAGUUGUGGCCGCGUGGAUAACUCACAGGAAGCUCAGGGCUCCUUCAAAUGCUUUCCUCAUCAACCUGGCCAUUUCUGACUUCAGUAUGCUCUGCACAUCUGGGAUGCUGACCUCUGUCGCUUUGCUAAUGCACUGCUGGCCGUUCAGUUAUGUUGUGUGUCAGUUUUGUGGAUUCUUUGCCUAUACCACGGGCCUUGCCUCACUGGCUACACAUUUCUUCAUAGCUGCUUCCAGAUGUGAGCUCAUCGUGCACAAGUCGAAAGUAUUAGCCAUCUGUAGUCCAGUCAAGGUGAUACCAGCGAUAUGGGUCUUCGCCUUAUUUUGGUCCACCUGCCCCCUCAUUGGGUGGAGCGGAUAUGCACGAAAUCAGCUCACAUGUGAAAUCGAGUGGGAUAAGCCAACGCCAGCCUACCUUGCCUAUAUCGUAUGCAUCUUUAUAUUAGUCUUCGUUGGUCCAUUCAUGGGCAUGAUCAUAUGUUACAUCUUAAUCGUGUUGGAGGUGGUGAAGAGCAAGCGAACCGUUCAUGGGACACUCAGGCAAUCAAAGAUCAUCAAACCAGGGGAUAUACGAUUAGUUAAGAUGAUGCUAAUGAUGGCCAUUGCCUUCAUGACCUGCUGGGUUCCCUAUGCUGUCGUUUCUUUCAUGAAGGCCUUCAAUCUCCGCGAUGACUCUCAUAUGUAUUAUCUUGCCAAUGUCCUACCACCUGUAUUUGCCAAGUCCUCCGCUUUGGCAAACUUCAUAAUAUACAUUAUGACGAAUAAGAACUUCCGUGCUGCACUUUACAACAUGUUUCGUGGACAAUGCGCUGAGAGCCGGCCGGGCUUGGACUUUAGUAGCAGCACAAUCCCAGCUGGCACACCCUUGUCAUUGUCUAUAGAGAUCCAAAGACGGAGGAUAGAUUUGAACCAAGACGGACAGGACCCAACUGCAGGUGCCGCCAUGUAG